AUGAAUCUUACAGAAACAUCCAAAACUCUUUUAGAAAUGUUGGAUAAAGUGGAUGAUUCAGACAACCACAUAACAAAUGAUAAGAUUUCUGUCAGUUCCAGGAAUUCAAACACAGAAUUCACAUUCGAUAAAUCGUAUUCACCUGUGAAACUGAAAAAGAAGUCAGAGAAAGUUAAAAAUUUCCUGAAAAAACAAAAUGUUCCGAGAGAAAUAAGCAAAGAAAUCAUACAGAAUCAAGAAAACUUCGAAAAAUGGAGUUACUCAAUUAUUAAUCCUCAAAAUCAAAAGAAACCCUUAACUCCAACUCCACAAGUACAACAUGAAUACUCAAGUAUUAAAUCUUCUUCAUCAUUUUCUUCUUUUAAGAAUGAAGAUGGAAAAAUCCUUGCAACAGAUGAUUUAUCACCAGAGCAAAAACGAAUUCAAGAACUUGAGUUCAGACUCUCAACAAUGGAAAAACGCUUACAAGAUGAAACUCAAAUCAGACAAAUUCUUUCAGAUUCAUUACAAAAAUUACUUACUUGCAUUAAGGAUAAAAGCAUCUUAAUCAAGUCAUCUACCAUCAAUAAUGUUGAUACAAUGUUUUCCAGGCUUAAUCUCCCAAGUCCAAGACCAGCAACAGCGAGAUUAUUGAAUCAGGAAAUAGAUUCAUUAAUUUCGGAUCUGAAAACAGAAACUAAGAUACCAAGCCCAUCUUUGUCACGUUACUCUCCAACUUUCGAAACUAAUAAUACUGCAAACGUUGAAAUUUUAUCAAAAGGCUGUUUUGAUCUGGCCAAUUCUUUAGCAAAAGGAUUCUACUCAGGUAAACUUAGUGAUUUCGCAGAAUUAUCCAAGAAUCCUGUUGAAUUUGCAAGACAAAUAGGACAGAUAAAGCAAGCACAUGACGUUGGACUUGCGGAUAUUAAACUGAAGUGCGAGUUGUAUAAAAAGAUGUGUGAUCAAAUCGAAGAAUUAGAUAAUAAGAAGAUUAUUUCAGAAAAAACUGCGGAAUUGGUUCAAAGCUUGGCAAAGAAGAUGAAUGAUAUAUCCAUACAGUUUAGAGAAGAAUAUGAAGAUUUAGUUGAUAAUUUACAUUGA